AUGGGGAGUUGCCUGUGCCGCCCGCGGUCGACGCGCGCGAGGGACCCGGCGACGCACGCCAAGCUCGUCCUCGGCGUGCCCGUCAGCCGCAAGUCCACGUACGAGGUCCCGCCGCCCACCCCCGAGCGCGGCAGGGUGAGUCGCCCAGACGAAAGCGUGUUCCUCGGCGGACUCGGUCGAAGGUACGACGACGACGACGACGACGACGACGACGACGACGACGACGACGACGACAAGGAGGAGGAGGAGGACACGGGGCGCGAGCGCUGGGUGAGCCCGCGAAGCGAGGAGCGGCUCCGGCUGCAGCGACGCGCGCGCUGGGACAAGAUCUCGAGCACCCGGGCGGUGCCCUCGCCGGGCAGCCGCGGCGGGGGGUGCGGCUCGUCCGCGGGCAGCUCCGCGCCCUCGCCCGCGAGGGGUUUCCCGCUCGCGAGGCUGACCGCGGUCGAGAACGGCGCGGAUCGCACGCCGCCGCCGACGAUCGGAUCCUCGCGGGGCUCCGACGGCACCGGACGGAGCGUCGCGGGUGAGCGCCCUCGCACCGAACGACCGCCCGCCCUCUCCCACUUCAAACUUUUAACUUUUAACUUCAAAACGCGCGUCCGGUCGACUCACCCUUCUCCAGCGCUUCCCCCAAGCAUCAGGAACUCCCGCCGCGUCCGGAGCAACGGGUCGUCGUCGGGCGCCCCGGGCGACGCGUCGUCCACCGCACGACGCCGACGAGCCGCCUCGCUCGAGCUCGAAGAUACCGCCGCCUUCCCCGCUCCCGGCCGCGGAGCUCGUACCGGUAUCAACGCGGACGAUGUUAACGAGGAGGAUUCCUGGGACGAAUACUUUCGAGUGUCAUCCGAGUGGAUAUCCAAAGACGAAUCGCCGGGCGUGGGCAUGGGCAGGAAACUGUCCAUGAACACGCCGUGA